AUGUCAAAGGUUGCUAAGGUUGAUCAAAGAGUUAAGGAAUAUCUGGAGAAAACUGGGUAUGAAAAAUGGGCUCGGUGUCACUCUCCUGUAAAUAGAGCUAGAAUGAUGACUUCAAAUAUAGCCGAAUGUAUUAAUGGUUGUUUGGUUGAGGUUAGAAAACUUCCUAUUCUAGAUUUCCUAGAAGAAGUUAGAAUCUUAUUUGCUGCAUGGAAUUGUAAGAACAACGAAAUUGCAUCGUACACAAAUACAACUCUUGGCAGAAGAUUUGAAGAAAUUCUAACUCAUAAUGGUGUUAAAUCUUUGCGGAUGACGGUUAAACCAGCAGGGAGGCCACAAACCAUAGUGAAGACAUAUAAACUCCCGAUAGUUUCAAUGCCAGACAAGAAGGAUUGGAAUGUUCCAUGUUUUGUUGAUGAUGAAGAAGUUUUGCCGCCCAAAUAUUGA